AUCCAAUUUUAUGUACUAAAUCAGAGAGACUAUGAGCAAUCCGGCAACCUCAGAUCUAUUAGACAAGCAACGCCAAUUGAGUUGUGGAGAGUUCUCACGACUAGAGAAAAGAAUGGGAGGGAGGAUAAUGACGUUUCACUCCAAGUCUAUGCCUAGAGGUUCCAUGUUUCUUGACAAGGAAGCUUCUAGAAACUCCCAUGACAAGAGGUUUGACCUAUUCAGGACCAUGUCAGGGAAGUUGGAACGUCAGAUCUCGAAUUUACGUGGAAAACCUAUUGAGAGAUCAUUGCAGGAGGAUAAAGAGAUCACUGAAACUCUAACCGCUGAUAGAUUCUUUGACGCUCUUCAAGGCCCUGAACUUGAAACUCUCAAGGAGAAGGAGAAGAUAGUUCUCCCUGAGGACAAAACAUGGCCGUUUCUUCUUAGGUUUCCAAUCACAUCAUAUGGGAUGUGUCUUGGAGUAAGCAGCCAAGCCAUCAUGUGGAAGACCUUAGCAACCACAGACGCUGAAAAAUUCUUGCAUGUCACGCAAGUAGUCAACCACGUCCUCUGGUGGAUCUCUCUCAUCCUCCUCCUCGCAGUCUCCAUCACUUACCUCUUUAAAACCAUCUUCUUCUUCGAGGCGGUGCGUCGAGAGUUCAAACAUCCCAUACGAGUCAACUUCUUCUUCGCUCCACUAAUAUCAAUCCUCUUCUUGGCACUUGGGAUCCCACAUUCCAUCACCUCGAGCCUUCCCUCUACACUUUGGUACUUCUUUAUGGCUCCAAUCUUGUUUCUUGAGAUGAAGAUUUACGGACAGUGGAUGUCUGGUGGACAAAGACGCCUCUCCAAAGUUGCUAACCCUACAAAUCAUCUUUCUAUUGUUGGUAACUUUGUUGGAGCACUUCUUGGAGCAUCAAUGGGGUUGAAAGAAGGACCAAUGUUCUUUUUCUCCAUAGGGUUGGCUUAUUAUUUGGUCUUGUUUGUGACUUUGUAUCAGAGACUUCCCACGAACGAAACUUUACCUAAAGAGCUUCACCCUGUUUUCUUCCUCUUUGUGGCUGCACCGGCUGUAGCUUCCAUGGCUUGGACCAGGAUCUCUGCAUCUUUUGAUCUUGGUUCGCGUCUAGCUUACUUCAUCUCCUUGUUCUUGUACUUCUCUCUGGUUGUUCGGAUUAACUUUUUUCGUGGAUUCAAAUUCUCGCUAGCUUGGUGGGCUUACACGUUUCCAAUGACGGCAGUGGCAACCGCGACGAUAAAAUACUCAGGCGAAGUCACCGGAGUAGCAACUCAGAUACUGUCGGUAUUGAUGUCAGGAGCAGCAUCGCUGACGGUGAUGGGUGUCCUGGUAAUGACGGUGGUGCACGCUUUUGUCAAAUGUGAUCUCUUCCCUAACGACGUCGCCAUUGCAAUAAGUACAGAGCAACCGAAGCAGAAGAAAUGGUUCAAACAGGUCAAGGUUUUGGACCCGGAAGAUAAUCAAAUAGAUGUAGAAGCCCCUCCUUUAUUAAAUGGAUAGUGUCACACGGUUUAGUUAGACCAAUGAUUCAGCUUAGAGGUGUGAAAUAAAGUAUAAGCAAUUUAUAAUAAAACAUACAAGAAAAAAAUAAGGAUCUAGGCACUGACAAUGAUACAGGGUUGCUGCUUUGUCAGACUUAAGCUGGGGAGUUUCACUGGCACCACAAGUACCAUCUUUCCAGGCCCGGCCUUGAACAACUAAAUGAAAUCAAAGGCUGGAAACCCAACGAAAAAAGGCUGCCAACUGGUUUACCUAUGAGAGAAACAACCAACAACCGUUUCUUUAACCAUCUCAGCUAAUGAUAUUUUUUU